UUUAUCUAUCUCACGGGCGCUUGCUUAUAUCGCCUUAUCUUUUUAAUUAAUCAUAGAAUUUGUGCUUCAGUUUAUUCAGUAUCCCCCCUAUAAUCCGUCCAUCGCCAUGGCUGAUGAUGCAAGGAAACUCAACAAGGAGCUCUACGAUGCUCUAAUGAAAGGAGAUACAGACAAGGCGAUCCGUUUGUGUGAAGGGAUUCCUAAGGGUCCAUUACACGCCUUGACAAUUCACCACGACACUGUCCUGCAUAUGGCUACGUACUCCAAACAAAGUUACCUCGUCAUGGAACUACUUAACAUGGUGAGGGAGGUUUAUUAUCACAAGCUAACAUGUCAAAACGACGUGGGAAACACAGUGCUCCAUGAGGCAGCAACUUCGGAUAGAAUAGUCCCUGCUGCCAUGGAAAUGUUGAGGAGAGCACCGACGCUUCUCUCCAUGCCCAAUAGGCGUGGAGAGACCCCAAUCUUUCGUGCUGCAAGAUAUGGGAAAAAUAGAAUGUAUGAUUUUCUUGAUGCUGAGAUGCAUAAAACAAUUCAGAGUGAUGCAGAUUUGAGGAGUUUUCAUUUUAGAGAUGAUAAGACCUCCAUACUUCAUAUUUCCAUCCUCACUGAACACUAUGAUUUGGCUUUAAAAAUUGCUGCAAAGUAUAGAUACCUGAUCGACGAAAGAGAUGGGGAUGGGAUGACUGCACUUCAACUUCUUGCAUGUAAUCCAUCGGCUUUUCAUGGUGGGGAGGAAGUGGGUGGCUCUCUGAUCAAGAAAUUCAUAUAUGCUCGCAUCAAAACUGGAGGUACUGUUACAGAAAAAGUGGUAACAGGGUGGACGGUGCCUCUAUGGGAACAACUUAGGGACCAGAAGCAUAGAUAUGAUUCGGUGAUUGAACUUGCAAGGUUCUUGAUCGAAAGAGACACAACAUGGGAAGCGACUGAAUCAGCAUUAGACAAAAGCAAACCAAAAACACACAGAUAUGGGAGGACGACCUCAAUGGGUCCCCAAGAUCAAGGACAAAUAUCAACAACUGGCCAAGAAACUACAACUGUCGAUAUUGCUGAAACCCCGUUAUUUUUGGCAACGAAAUCAGGUUGUACGGAGAUUGUUAGGGGAAUUCUUGAGAUGUACCCUCAAGCAGUAGAGCAUGUUGAUGAUGAAGGGCGUAACAUCUUGCAUGUAGCUAUCAAGUAUCGACAAAUUCAAAUAUUUGAUAUUGUUGAAAAAAUGGAAACACCGAUGACAAGACUUAUACGAAAGAUCGACAACAACGGGAACUCCAUACUACAUAUGGUUGGUAUAAAGGCAACCGAAGCAGGUCAUGAAGACAUGAGAAGUCCUGCUUUAAUUUUGCAAGAAGAUUUGCUUCUCUUUGAGCGUGUAAAGAAAAUAUCGGCAACCCAUUUCACAAAGCACUACAAUGCCCAAGGAGUGACUGCGGAAAAGCUAUUUGCCAUCAAUAAUGCUCAGCAUCGUAUGGACGCCAAAGAAUGGAUGAAGGGAACUGCGGAGAACUGCUCCAUUGUAGCUGUGCUAAUUGCAACAGUUGCAUUUGCUGCAGCUUACACUGUUCCAGGAGGACCGAAUCAAGAAACUGGAUAUCCAAUUCUUGAAAACCAACCUUUUUUCUUCUUAUUUACAAUGACCGAUGUGCUUUCUUUAGCAUUUGCUCUAACAUCGGUGAUCCUAUUCCUCAACAUUCUAACUUCAUCAUUUAGAUUGAAAGAUUUUCGGCAGUCUCUUCCUCAAAAACUAAUGAUGGGUGUUACUUUGUUGAUCUUAUCCGUCUCAAUGAUGAUGGUGGCAUUUGCAGCGACUGUCAUUCUUCUAAUACGUAACAAGGAGAAAUGGACACGAGUUGCUCUAUAUUCGGUGGCAUUCUUUCCGGUCCUCAUCUUUGCUUUUUCGUACUUACCGCUUUAUGUUUCGCUCGUGAAAACCUUCUCAUACACGUUAAAAAAAAUUCGACAUGUUGUUCCACGUUGUGAUUCCUCCGAUCCUAGCAAAACAGAUGGUGCAGUUAUCCCCAAUUCAGUUAGUAAUUCCACAUACCCGAUCCAAUCCAUAACACCCGAUACCAACCGUUUUGUUGUUUGAUAGUUUUCUGUUUGGCAGUUACGUUCAGCUUUCCCACGGAAAUAACCGUCAAAAUUUGAGAUGCGGAUCAACGACAGAAAUUGUCUUACAUUCUCAUGGAAUUUAUUGUU